UAUAGGCAAUUAUCUCCAAAAUGUCAAAUGUUAUUUUUUUCCGCUACUUAUGAUAAAGAAGUUAUGAAUUUCGCUCAGCAUAUUGUGCCGGAUCCAACAAUUAUAAGACUUAUGCGUGAGCAGGAAUCACUUGAAAAUAUCAAACAAUAUUACGUUAGAUGUAUGAAUGAGGAGGAUAAAUACAAUGCUAUACAAAAUAUUUACGCCGGAAUAACAAUUGGACAAGCUAUAAUAUUUUGCCAUACACGCAAAACCGCAGGAUGGCUAGCUGGCAAGAUGUCAUCCGAUGGCCAUUCGGUUGCUGUACUCUCUGGAGAUUUGACUGUGGAGCAACGACUUGCUGUUUUGGAUCGAUUCCGAGCUGGUCUUGAAAAAGUGCUCAUUACAACAAACGUACUUUCUAGAGGAAUUGACAUCGAACAAGUUACAAUCGUUGUAAAUUUCGAUUUACCGAUGGAUGCAAAGGGAAACGCUGAUUGUGAGACCUAUUUACAUAGGAUCGGUCGUACUGGAAGAUUUGGUAAAAAUGGCAUUGCGAUCAAUCUCGUGGAUGGAGAGAAAGCCAUGAGCAUUUGCAAGUACAUUGAAAAUCACUUUAAGAAAACUAUUCAGCUGCUUGACACAGGGAACUCAGAUGAAAUUGAAAAAAUUGGAUAUUAAAAAAUAUCGCUAUUUACAUACAUAUGAUUUGGUUUUUUUAUA